UCUCCGGAGAGCACCAAGACACCCACGGAAGAGAGAAGCGCGCGAGGACCAGCAGGGGGCGCCGAAGCGCAGCCCCUGUCGGGAGGAUGGCUGGUGGGGAUGGGAUGCUGCGCCGCCUGCUGCGGCUGCACCGCACCGAGAUCGCCGUGGCCAUAGACAGCGCCUUUCCGCUGCUGCAUGCUCUAGCCGACCACGACGUGGUCCCGGAGGACAAGUUCCAGGAGACACUCCGGCUGAAGGAGAAGGAAGGCUGCCCCCAGGCCUUCCACGCCCUGCUGUCCUGGCUCCUGACCCGAGACAGUGGGGCCAUCCUGGAUUUCUGGAGGAUUCUCUUUAAGGACUACAAUCUGGAGCGGUACAGCCGCCUGCAUAAAAUCUUCGACGGCUUCCCAAAAGAUGUGGACCUUAGCCAGCCUCGAAAAGGGAGGAAGCCCCUCGCUGGUCCCAAGGCCUCGGUCCUGCCACCCAGACCCCCUACCAAGAGAAGAGCCCUGGAGGAGCCCCGAGCCACCCCACCAGCAACUCUGGCUUCAAAGAGCAUCUCCAACCCAGGCUCCCACCCAAAGACCAAGCCCCCUAAGAAGCCAGAGGGCAACUUGGAGUCACAGCGCCUCCCACUGGGAAACGGAAUGCAGACCAUGGCAGCUUCCGUCCAGAGAGCUGUGACUGUGGCCUCCGGGGAUGCUCCGGGAACCCGAGGGGCCGUGGAAGGGAUCCUUAUCCAGCAGGUGUUCGAGUCAGGAGGAUCCAAGAAGUGCAUCCAGGUUGGGGGGGAGUUUUACACACCCAGCAAAUUCGAAGACCCCAGUGGCAGUUUGAAGAGCAAGGCCCGAGGUGGUAGCAGCCUAAAGCCAGUGGUCCGAGCCAAGGUCACUAUACCUGGUAGAGAUGAGCAGAAAGUGGGUCAGCAGUGUGGGGUCCCUCCCCUUCCACCCCUCCCCAGUGAGCCCCAGGUUCACCAGAACGAGGAUGAGUGUGCCGUGUGUCAUGACGGAGGUGAGCUCAUCUGCUGUGACGGCUGUCCCCGGGCCUUCCACCUGGCUUGCCUGUCCCCACCUCUGCAGGAGAUCCCCAGUGGCCUCUGGAGAUGCUCCUGCUGCCUCCAGGGCAGAGUGCAGCAGAACCUGUCCCAGCCUGAGGAGUCCAGACCUCUGGAGCCCCCUGCAGAGACCCCGAUCCUCCUGGGACGGAGGUCAGCUUCAGAGAAAACCAGGGGCCCAUCCAGGGAGCUCGCAGCCAGCACCGAUGCCGCUGUCACCUAUGUGAACCUGCUGGCCACACCCUCUGCAGCUCCUCUGCUGGAGCCUUCAGCACUAUGCCCUCUACUGAGUGCUGGGACUGAGGGGCAGCCGGGUCCAGCACCAAGCGCGCGAUGCGGUGUGUGUGGCGACGGCACGGACGUGCUUCGGUGUGUACACUGUGCCGCCGCCUUCCACUGGGGCUGCCACUUCCCGACAGCCGCCACCCGGCCAGGGACCAAUCUCCGCUGCAAGUCCUGCUCCACAGACCCGACUCCCACACCAGGCACACCGGGUGAGGCUGUGCCCACCUCUGUGCCCCGUCCGGCACCUGGGCUUGCCAAGGUAGGGGACGACUCUGCUAGUCUACAUAGGGAUGACCUGGAGUCGCUCCUCAAUGAGCACUCCUUCGACGGCAUCCUGCAGUGGGCCAUCCAGAGCAUGGCACGACCGCUGGCCGAGACACCACCUUUCUCUUCCUGACUCCAGGUGGCCCAGGAAGGGGUGGGCAGCCUAGCACCGGCCCCCACCCCAACCCACCCCACCCCACCUCACCCCGUCAGAUGAAGCACUAUGAUCUGAGAGGACUGGGCUGGUUAGGGUCAAGAGCUGGCAGGUUCUGGCUGGCAGGACUCAGCUUGCAGAUGGCCCUGGUCUUUGUGGAGAUGCUAGGCCACCCUGUGUUCUGAAAUUAAAGUCAUGUCCGUGCUUUGAGGU